AUGAAGAUGACCGGUCGGCCGCCUUCAGAGUUCAGUCUUGAGGAAUCCACGAACGUGGCGGCUCACCAGCAUGGUCAGACAUCGGAAACGAGCCUUCGGCCGGGAACGAGGAAAUCCAAUGACACUCUCAACGUUUCUCGGCCCUCAUCAAUUGAGACAGACGCCGGACAUGUCGUCGCCAAACCACCUAUCGCAAAGCUGCCCCAGCCGAAUGAUGUGCUAGACAACCAAACGCCGCUUCGGCACACGUUUCCUCAUCUGUAUCAUUCAUCAGGAACUUCCCGCUCGCCAUCCACUAGAACCUCGUCAAGCUCACUUCAAGCACUGAAUGAGGAUGCUGUAGUUGAUGCUCGGUCGGAUCAAGGUGCUCUUGCACGAGGCUCCUUGUCGCGGAGGACGUCUUACAUGGGGCAAUCGGACACUCAAGCCACCGAGUAUCCUGUCUACCCUGACCAGUCCUAUGCCGUCCUUCAGUCUCAGACGCAGCAUAUCCAUUACCCUCCACUUUUACGCGCACGCAGUUCUUAUCCGACUGAGGCCACACCAAGGAUCGGUCAGUCUCGCGCUUCCCGUACUGCAGGCAAUACUCCCUUAUCUAGCCCUGGCUUGUUUUCUGUCAAGACUCCUGCGUUGUCGCCAUCACUGCAAUGGGACGGCGAAGCCCAGACGGGGGCUUCUUACCUCCACCCAACCCAUCUUCAACCACCAAAGGAAACCCACAUAGUUCAAGUAAAUAAGGACAACGUGACUGGGAACAAAGUCAUCAACAAGUAUGAGAUUCUCGAGGAGCUUGGGCGCGGUGAGCACGGCAAAGUGAAGCUGGGCCGUCAUGUCGAGACUCGCCAGAAGGUGGCAAUAAAAAUUGUGCAACGGUAUUCCAAACGGCGCCGUUUGGGACGGCUAGGAAAUGCCGAGGACAAGGUCAAGAAAGAAGUUGCCAUUUUGAAGAAAGCCCGACACCCUAAUGUGGUCAGUCUGUUGGAGGUGAUUGACGAUCCAAAUCUACAAAAGGUCUAUAUAGUGCUCGAAUAUGUCGAGAAUGGCGAAAUCAUCUGGCGGCAGAGGGGGCUUCGAGAAAUCGUACAGGUUGAUAAGCGACGACUGGAGCGCGAAAAGUCUGGCCAACCCGACACACCAGCGUUUCUGGAAGAAAACAGACAAUAUAUAAGGACGGCGCAACAUAUCAGACGUCAACGAGAGAGAGCUUUGGAGCGACGUCAAGCGCAAGCAGAGUAUGCGCAACAAGGGCCUAUUCCUGCCUGGAGUUUGGAACACGGAGCGGAGUCGGACGAUGAAUUCGGUCCUGAACUAGCCAUUACCCGCACGGCUAGCCACUGCAUCUCAAACCAGGAAGAAACGCAUUCUUCUUCAAGCCACUCUCUCCCCUCUCAAGAUGCGGCCUUGGAAGGCACCAUGUACGGAGCUUAUGCCGACUACCCGUACGAUAAACGACGAUUCAGCACGGCGUCGAGUAGCUUUGGCUACGCCGCUUCCGAACCUGAUUGGCUUCCCGAUGACGACGAUAUGGCAUAUGUUCCUUGUCUUACUCUCAAUGAGGCAAGGAACGCCUUUCGAGAUUCACUUCUCGGUCUGGAGUACCUCCACUUUCAAGGCAUUAUCCAUCGCGAUAUCAAACCGGCGAAUCUUUUAGUCACUAGCAGUUACCGUGUGAAAAUAUCUGAUUUUGGAGUCUCCUAUCUGGGCCGGCCAAUUAGAGACGAAGACGAGGAGCAGGUCGAUGAGACGGACGCAACAGAGCUAGACGAUGCUCGUGAACUAUCCAAAACUGUGGGUACUCCAGCGUUCUACGCUCCCGAGCUUUGCUAUACUGGAGAAGACUUUGUGGAUAGCAUUGGCGGCCCACCUCGAAUUACUGGCGCCAUUGAUGUCUGGUCUCUUGGAGUGACCCUCUACGGAAUGAUAUUUGGACGGCUGCCGUUUGUUUCGGACGACGAGUAUAGUAUGUUUCAAACCAUCGUCAAGCAAGAUGUCUACAUUCCACGAAAACGAUUAAAACCCGUUCAGUUGGAAUGUGAUACUUACAGCCAAUGGCCUCGCGAUACGCUAGACACCAAACGGGCAGAGGACGAACUGGCAUAUGAGGAUAUCGAUGAAGAUCUGUGGGAUCUUCUGAAACGACUACUCACUAAAGAUCCGGUAAAGCGCAUUACAGUAAAGGAGAUCAAGCAUCAUCCCUGGGUCUUGCACGGCCUUCCCAACCCUAGGGCAUGGGUGGAAGAGACCGAUCCCGGCUAUUUGAGUAAGGGCAAGAAGAUUGAGGUUUCCAACGAAGAAGUGACGACAGCCGUCAGCAAGGUGCCAUUAUUCCAACGAGUGCGGUCCAAUGUGGCAAAGUGGUUUGGAAGGUCGAAAGAUCGGGAUAGUCGUAAACGAAAUUCGAGCACGACCCCUUCUGUCGAGUCGUCGUCUACUUCAAGCAGUAGCAACACAUUUGGAAAGCAACUCUGGGAUGGCCGUCGACUCAGUCUUCGCGGAGAUGAAGACCUCUUUUCCAGGUCUAGUCGGAACCUUAGAGAUGGCGAACAUCCACUCUCUCAAAGCGUGACGGUAAGCCCAACGGCUAGCUUCGACGACCAAUCGUCCUAUUUCACCCGGGACCCCGACCUCUCGUCCUUUGAUCGCACGCCUCGCCCCGACCAUCCGGAACGAGCAAUUUCAACUCUCUCGACUGCAGAAUCUCUGAAAACUGUAAGGGCGUCUGACCUCGGGAAGGGAUUCUCUGUUCCCUUACGCCCUGCUACACCUGCUCGAUCAGAAAGUUCAGGGACAACAAACAUCAGCGGUGUUUUCGGCGGCGCAGGCCGCCGGUUGGCCAGGGGACUUCAGCCAAGUUCCGAUAAAUCCGUCUCCGGCGAACUCUCUAUGUUAGAUGGAGACCAUCACUCGGAACCUAGUCUAGCUUUGAGCGUCACUGCGGCAGUUGGUCAGAUGCAGCCAUCACACUGGCAAGCGGAUGGUGGUUCGCUUGUCUUACCUGAGAGCCCAGCGUCAACACCUGGGCAUCGGCGCAAAACCUCUCAUCCUCUUUUGGGUAAACUCUCCGUCGAGCCGCUCAACGUCUCCAAAGAGAGUCUCUCGCGAAAGCAGCGUAAUGUUGUGGACCAACCGCCACCACUGGAAGGCCAGUGUCGGUUGUACGAGGGGCCUAUCUCACAGGCUGAGUUUGGGCAUCGAGGUUCAGACUCCAGUGUGGAGAACAACACUAGUGACCAUGUCAAAAGCGAGAUAACCACUUCUCCCGCUUCUGCAGCUACUAUGUCUUCUUCCUCAGUGGAUGAAUUCACUAGCGGCAUGUCGCAAAGCACCUCUCAUCCCAGCAUUCCGUCUGUCAUGUCAGGAGCGUCGUCGCUCUCGGAUGGGGUCGUCAAAGAGACCGACUGCGAAACUACUCAAGUUCCUUCCAUGCUUCGCACUGGUGAAACCGUCAAAGCGAGGCGGCCGAGCAAACCGCGAGCACCCGAAGAUGACGAGUCUCGCUACUAUUGUGAUGACGAGGAAGAAAGCGGCGACGAAUCCGAAGACGAGGGCUUAGUUUUUGGCAAGCCCAAACCCGCUUCCCAAAAACCAGCCAUCCGUGUGGGCCAAGUGUCCAAACAAGGUCACGAUGCAGGUUAA